AUGGAGAAAUCUGUGGAAAAAUCUGAGUGGAGGGGUCCAGGUGCCGCGACGCGAGGCUUGCCGCGGUGUGGAGGGCGGCUGCUGCACAGCGUGAGGCAUGGACGCGGCGCGGUGGAUGGGGUCGUCGCGCGCGAGGCAGGGCAUCGUCGCGGCACGGAGGUCUUCACGGCGCGGCGCUGGGAGCUGCUUUUUGAACAGGAAAACGAGGCCUUGGAGGUGCUCGUGAAAUCGUCCUUCUUAGCCGAAGUCCAGCGUUGGGUCCUACGUGCCGAAGCCUCUCUUCGAGAAAAAGAAGAGGAAAACGACAUCCUCCGGCAGAGGGUUCAGCAAUACGAAGAUUUAUUGUAG